ACAUUACACACUGGAGCAUGGUUGAUGAGGAAAUAAAGGAAAGAUUUGAAGGAAAUAAUGCCCUUGGUCCAAGUAUGCAUUCUAUGUUAAGUCUAAUAAAUGCGGUUCAGUAUUAAUUAACAAGUUAAUAAUUCAGUGAGAUCAAGUGAGCUGAAUUCCUAGCUAGAGGCCGCUUCAGUUCAAGUGGAAUUAAUGAUAUUAAUCCACAGCUUACUCUUGACUGAACCCGUAGGGUCACACAAAUAGUACGUAAACGGAUCAAGUAUUUAAUGGCAUUAAAUACUCCAUCCAUGGAUAUUCGGAAUCGACGGAUCUUGGUUUCAGUGGGAGCUGAGAUCGUCACAAGGCAAGAAAUGAAUACUCCGGAAACGAUGAUAUUGCCGGAAACGGAAAUAUGGAUCGUAUCGGAAAUAUAAAUAUUAUCCAAGUCAUAGAUGUUGCCGGAAACGGAAACAUGGUACGUAUCGGAAAAUAUUAUCGGAAAUGGAAAUAUUGCCGGAAUCGGAAAUAUUGCCGGAAACGGAAAUAUUGUCAGAAUCGGAAAUAUUAUCGGAAUCGGAAAAUAAUUCCGGAAACGGAAAUAUUAAAUAUUUGUUCGAAACGGAAAUUAAUUCCGGAAUCGGAAAUAUUAAAUAUUGUUCGUAUCGGAAAUGAAUUCCGGAAUCGGGAAAUUAAUCGGAAGCGUAUCGUACGAAUUAGCAUCGGACGAGGCCUGCCAGACGAAGGCCCAGCACGAAGCCGGGCCAUCGCCCAGCAAGCCAGCGCGCCACAACGCACCAGCCAAGGCUGCGCCAGGCCCACCGCAAGGCAGGCCCAGUGCGCGCCAACGCUGCUGCAGCGUGUGGGCCUCGUGGCAAUGGGCUGCGAGCUCGCGGGCUGCGCGCGCGCGCAUGGAGCCCCUCGUGGGCUGCUGUGCGUGCGUGUGUGUGUUUGUGUGCUAUACGAAUCCUAAAGCUAUCAGGUUUCGACAUAUGAUUAAAUUCCUAAACCUAAAAGGAUGAAUUAAUUAAAUAAGAAUUCUAUUAGGAUUCUAGUUUAAUUAAUUCGUAUCCUAAUAGGAUUCCAGUUCCUUUUCCAUACCUCUAUAAAUAGGUGUCUAGGGUCAUAAUUUAUAGAGACAAUUCAAGUAUUCAAAGUGAUUUUUGAGAGCAAAAAUUCAGUCAUACAAUUGCCUACAAUAGCCGAAAAUUCUAAGUACCUUAAGGGCGAUCCUAGUUGGUCAAGCUUAAGGCGGAUCCGGACGUGCUGUGGACUAUCUACGGAGGGACGACAUUUGGAGUCCUAAAGAUUUGUUCUUGUUCGGUUCGGGCGCAGCUAGGGAAGGCACGCAACAAAGUUGAAAGAAAUCGAGCUAACCAAGCCAAGAAUUUGUAUCCCCAUCACUUGGGUCGCGGUGGAUAUGGAAAACUAGAAGAACGGUUUGUCCAAGAGCAACUGAAAAAGGCCAUGUUGUCUGGUGCAUCUUCUUCAAAGGGUGUUGAAUCAGGUUAAACACCUGUAGUAACUCCAAGACCUCGUUAUGAAAGGUGGAUGGAUGGAAGAAAGGACAAGAACGGGAAUAUCCCUAAUGAGAAAACGAAAUUGGUUGUAGAGAAGCUCAAUGAGCUAAGGGAAAAGGAAAAAUCAGGGGAGUUUGUUUCUCAUGGAAGCCAUGACAUUUUAACUGAAGCGCUUGGAAAUCCUGAUCAUGGAGGCCAUGUAAGGGGAGUGGGCGGAAAAGCAACGCUUACAUCAGUUUUUAAAAGAAAGAGGCGUUGUAAUCAAACAGAGGGUAUGCUUACAAUUAAACAAGUGGAAGAAAUUGCAAAUUUCCUCACUGAACAAGUAAGGGAGCAGACAAGGGCUGAAAUGAGAGUGGUUACCCUUGAUAUCUUGAAAUCUUGUGGUAUACAAGUACCUAAAGAUUUGGAGGUUAAUAUGAAUGUUCCCACUCGUAGUAGUUGUCAGUCUAUUGAUCCCGAUCCUUUCGCGAAUGGCUCUAAGAAGCCAAUUCCUUGUGAUAUAUUAGUACUUGAAGAAAGCUUUGGAAAUCGAGUUGUGGCAACAGGUACAUUGUUGAAAAGCGUACCAGGGGAGCUUGUUCAUGGUGUUCCUUUACUUGAAGAUCAUGUCAAGGUGAAAAUCCUAUAUGUUGUUGAAGGUGAAGAGAAUACACCUCUACCCUUGCCUUUUUUUGGGCACGAGUCCCUUGGUGAGAUAAAAGGAAGUUGGGCUCAGUGGCCUCGUUCACAAGUCAGAUUAUCCAUUGAGAACUUGAUCGAUCAACCACCACCACCAAAGAAGAUUAGAAAUAAUCUAAUGGAGGGUAAGAAACUAGUUGACGCUGGUUCAGCUGUUGAAUCUCGUUUUAAUGAUAAUGAAGAAGAACUCGCCCCCUUCCUUAUUGGCAAGGACAUGUUUUUAGCAUUGCCAAAUAGCUUCAAGCAAUUAUACAACUUGUAUAAGAAUCGAGAUGUUGAUUUCAGCGUUGAUGUUGAUUUCGAAGAGGAUAUCUUAUACUAUCCUGAUAAAGUUUCUUUUACUGCUUACGUGUUUGGUGAUGAUCUUAAGAAAUUACUGAACAUGGAAUACAUACGUACAUCUUGUGUGGAUAUCUGGAUAAGGUUUUUGCAAAACGAGAUCACGAAAAAUAAGCUCCAAGAAGAAGUUGGAUUUUUUUGUCCGCAUAAGCUAGGGCUGGUUAAACUUCGUCCCAGUAUCCACACAAAAUAUGUGAAUCAUUCAAUUACCAAGCAAAGUACGAAGAAAUAUAUACUUGCCCCGAUCCGUCAAGAUAAAUAUCAUUGGAUGUUGGUUGUGAUUUGCCUUGAAAGAGGGGAAGCCUUUUUCUUUGAUUCCAUGGCUGAUGGGUCGUUAGAGAAUUUGCAUACCAAAGGCUCCUUGUCUGUCGCAUAUAGGACUUUAAUGAACAUGGACAAAGGAUCUCGGAAAAUGAAGCUAACGUGGAAGGUGGUUAAGUGUCCUCGUUCUCAACAAGUUGGGCUAGUUGAGUCCGGCUAUUAUGUCAUGAAGUAUAUGGAUCAAACAGUAUCGCUUGUAUUGAAAAAGGAACGUGAUUUUCAAAAGCAUUUCACUCUGGAGGCAUAUACUCAAGAAAUUAUCGAUGAUGUUCGUGAAAGAUGGUGUAGAUUUUUCAUUGAUAAUUGUUUAUAGUUAAUUAAUUUUCCGUUUGACACUAAGUUGACAUAAACAUCUCAAAUUCGUGUCCAGGAUUUUCUAAUAUGUAAAAAUACAAAUUAAAGUAUUUUGUAUGACUUUUAUCAAUUUUUGAGAUUAUAUUGCAGUGGUUUGAAUUUUUAUUU